UGGGCCGCAAACGGGACUGUGGAGAAACUGAAGUUUAAUGCCAAAGGACAACCAGUUGCACCACCUCACACAGUUGCCAGGUUCUCUAGGUUCUUGGGGUGGCUCGCAUUGGAGUCAUCGUUCUUCCCGAUUGAUAAUACUGAUUGGAGAAAUUUCUACAAGGCCUCAAACAUGGAUGCUGCUUGGGAGAGGAUUAAGCCAUUUGUUCGCCGAGUCUGCGAGCUCAAAUUGAAUGAUAGAUGGAAGAGUUAUAAGUCACGACUCCGGAGGUUAUACUACAAGCCAAACAUCGGUACUCCAAGGAGAUUUGCCUGCAGCCACCCUAGUGUGAACCAAGCCCAUUGGAGGUCGCUCGUGGCUGAGUGGGAUAAAAAGCCUAAUCAGGAACGUGCUUUGACAUAUGCCAACAAUAGGAAGGAGCUGAGGUCGAGUCACAAUAAUGGAACAAAGACUUUUGCACAGAUGCGAUAUGAAUAUGAACAAGUGAAUGGUUAUGCUCCUGAUCGCAUAACAUUUUUCACAAUGACACAUACUCGUGAAGACAGAACAGUAGUAGAUGCCGAGUCAGCAGAUAUAAUAGCCAAGUUCAAAAAUGGAUUAAAGGAGUAUGAAGAUAGGCAGGAGAUACUGACAGAUGAGAUCCGGCACAUUGUACAGGAAGUGCAUACUCUCAGAGCUGCGUGGGAGCAACAAAAACAAGCAACAGAAGAAGCUCAUGUUGAAAUAGAGAGUUUAAGGUUGGCUAAUGUCAACUUGGCUGAAGAGUUGAGACAGGAGCAAGCUGUAACAAUGGAGGCACACAAGAAAAAGAUGGAAGAUUCAUUUGCAAAAAUGAAGGAAAACAUGAUGAAUGAGGUAAACAAGUUGUUUCAUAACUCAUCAAGUACUGAUGGUGAAGGAGGUGUAAUGGAGAAUCAAAUGGCAUCAAAGGACAGAAUAGAUGAAGAGGAUUGUGUAAUGGCUGAUCAGGAGAAUGUUGAGGUCUAUUCACCAAUUAUGCCAUUUGAUCUGAACAGUCUGUGA